UCUCAUUUCUUGAGGACUUAAAAAUCUCCAUAGACGGCAAGUUUGUCAAUGGACGUGGUAACAACUUAAAACAUUAUUUUCACUUAACUAACUUUGCCUUAUGUAGUAGUAUUUGGCAAACAGAAAUCCUUCAAGCUCUUCACCUUCUUCCUCGAUAGCUCUCCAUUUCCAAUUUCCGAGCUCUGAAGCACAAGAGGUACAGACAAUGGUGAUGUCGAUGACAGGCGCAGCCGGCAGUGAGGUGUUAUGGAGGCGAGUGGCGGAAAACAAGGGUACCUUCCAUCCAUCAAAGCUCUUGAGAGAGCCCUUCCAUCUCCUCACCAUCACUCUCCUCAGCCUACUGCUCCCCCUCUCGUUCCUCCUCCUGGCAAGGCUAUCCUGCAAUAGUUACUUCGCCUCCUCGGUUGCUCAUGGCCCGUUCUCCUCCCUGCUCUCCCUCUUCCUCGACUCCAACCCGACUCUCCUCCUCGCCCUCCUGUCACUCCUCGGUGGAGCCACCCUCAUACAUUGCCUGACCGGGGGCUUGCCGGGUGGUCGCUACGCGCUGCACCGGCCCCGCCUGUAUGCGGCAUGGAUCGUCCUGUGCGCGCUCCAGUUGUGCGUCUACAUAGGUGUCGAAGGGAGCAUAGGCAUUGUACCCCUCAGUCUGGCAGCAGCCCGUGAUGGCUCUUGGGUUGCGGCCCGGGAGGGGGGAUUCCUGGGGAGGGCCGCGUUCUUCCUGGGACUGUACGAGACAAUGCUGCACUGGGCCAGGAUAGUGGUGAAGCCAGUGGUGGACGACUCGGUGCUGGGCCGCCAGAGGGACGAGAGGUGGCCCGAGAGGGUGGCAAAGGCAUUGGGCCUCACCGGGCUAUGGUGGUGGCGGCUGAGGGACGAGGUGGAGGCCCUUAUCGUUGUGCCGGAGGUGAAGAUGGAGCUGCUGUUGGGCGUUAGGGUGGCUGACUUUGUGGGCUGGUGGCUGUACUACCUGACCGUGACCAUUGGAGUGGUUAAGGUAGUGAAGGGUCUUAUGUGGGCUGGCAUGAUUUUGACUUCCAAAUGGCUGAGAAUCAGAAGAAGACAAGAAGCAGAAAACAAUGGUGAUGACAUCAUUGGUGGUGAGGACAAGGUCUAAGGUUCUUUGAUUUUUUUUUUUUUGCGAGAGAUAUCCGAGCUUCGUUUUUCUAUUUCUGAAGGCAUGUGAGCACCUAAUAAGUCUCCAAAAUAGAUGAUUCCGGCCAAGAUAAGCCAUUCAAGUUGUCCAAGAGAAAGCACUCUCCUCCUGUAUAAUUUCACAGUGAUUUGAAUUUGCACGUAAUUGUGGAUAUAAUAUAAUUUCAAUACUUUGCAUUA